AAAGCAUCGUAACGUUUCCAACUAGUCAAGUUAUAUACUCCCAACGCAGAGCGCGCUGCGUUCAUGAUCUCAAUAGGAUCGAAAUAUAAUUAAUACGAAAAUAAUUAAAGUCUGUAUUAUGCUAACAUUUUAAGUUUGAGUGAGUUGUUAUAUUAGUUUUUUUGUACAAUGGUUGGCUUUGGUUGUAUAUUUUUCCUUGUGUUUGGCGUUCUGUCGUGCUCAAAGAAUGUCCAAAAAUCUAAUGACGCAAUCGGAUUUCCAGAGAUAGAAGAAAAUCCACUGAUGGCGAAUAAACAAAAUCGCCAACCUGUAUACAUACCAUCGAUAUGCCCGGAAAAUGAACUUUUAUACCCUGGAGACCAGGCGGAUGACUGGAUCUUUGAUUGCCGUCCAGGUCACUUAUAUCAUCCAACAACGGAUAAGUGUUGGCCGGCCUAUAGGGAAGGUCCUUGUGGAAGUGGUCAAUACAUAGUUUUGCCUGACAAUUCAUCAGUACCAGUAUGCGUAAGAAACCCUUGUCUCGUCGAAGGUUUCGUUGUAUGGAACGGUAAAUGUGAAGUAUUAGGAAAUAGUUGCGGUGAGAAGUUUCCGAUAUCACUGCUUUCGAUAGACGCGGUCACGCUUAAAGUAGCCUGUGUUAGGCUAGAUGAAGUGGAGUCUAGAUUUUCAUUAAACGUUCAAAGUACCUGUCUUGCGGGUAGCAAAAGAAAUAUUAAAAGCAAGUGUUGAUAUUUCUGUUGUUAUUCAAAGUUGUAGUCGUUCAUUAGACUAGUAUGUACUUAAAUGUUAAGCGUACAUUUUAUGCAUAAUAUGCUUAUUUGUUUGACUUUACGAAUGACAUUGUAAAAGAAAGUAUUUGAAUUAAAAUAUUUAAUUAUA